AUGUCCUCUUACGAUGAAAAUACUACUCCAGCAGUAUGCGAAAGAUGCUUGGGUGAUAAUCCUUAUGUGGAGAUGACCCGAGAACGAAAUGGUGCACAGUGUAAGAUAUGUACACGGCCUUUCACAGUUUUCAGAUGGAGCAUUCAGAAAGGAGGAGAGUUUAAGAAGACUGCAAUCUGUUUGACAUGUGCCAGAACCAAAAAUUGCUGUCAGUGUUGUAUGUUGGAUCUUAGUUUGGGUAUAGAUUUGAAUACAAGAGAUCAGCUCUUGAAAAUGGCCGGCGUCAAAGACGGAGAAUAUUCUAAAGAUGUUGUUCAUAAUGCCAAAAAUGAGAUCUCCAGAAUAUAUAAUGCCGAUCAACUUGAUCGUAAAUUUAGUCGAGAGGAGAUUAAGGAUAACUCUGAGAAAGCUAAAGAUGUGUUAGGAAAGAUUACUAAGUUAGUGGAGAGUGGUAGUGGUAAAGGAGAAACAACCAAGAAGAGUAAGAAUAAGGUGAGGGGAGCUGAUGAUGAGAAGAUUACCAAAGAGAUGCUCGUUAAAUUAUUGAAGACUCUUCCAUUUAACGGAAAUCUUAGUCAUUUACCGAAGAAUGAACGGAUCAAGUCAUUUUUCCUAUUUGGAGUUGGUGAUGAGACGCCCAAUUAUUUAAUCGAAGAGUUUUUUAAAGACUUGGUAAAGGAUUCUACAGAUAGAUCGGAGAGACGGAUGGUGAAUGCCGUAUUUGUCAAUAGCAAAGGACGAUUUGGCUUUAUAGAGUUUAGCAGUCGUUCUAUUGCCGAGAUGGCAGCUAGCAAACUGAAUGAGAGUAAAAGUGAGAAGAUUGAUAACAAACCUAAGUUGGUGGUCAUUGACAGAACGUCUGUAAGAGUAUGUUGGGCAGGUAAAGUAAUCACUAGUGGUAGUGAUUAUAGCAAUAGCGAAUUACAUAGGAUAGCACAGGUGGUACGAAAGCAGAUGAUAAAGCUUGCCGGAGGAGGAGGUGAGAGUACCAAAAGAAUCAAUGAAGAAUCAGCAGCAAUUACCAGAAAGAAGGCCAAGGUGGUUCAUGACUACAAAGCUCUCCAAGCAGAUUAUGAAUUAUAA